AUGGCGACUGAAGCAGAGAAGUCAGCGGUGGACCAAGGUCACACUGCUGAGAGUGCGAUUGCCCCGCCUCCGGCCCCUGUCGCCGCGGUUGCCAUUGCUGCUGCUCCCCUGCUCCCCCUGGCUCCACCUGCUGUUGUUGCGACAUCCGCGGUUCCGCUCCCCCUGUCGCCGGCUCCCCCGCCAAACCUUCCGCACGCUGGAUUCGUGUCCGGCCCGCCGGUUCCCGUUGCGCAGCCGUCACAUGUGGCGCAGCCGCCCGCCCAAGCUGUCGCUGGGGGCCCUGCGUUGGGGACAGCGGUGGGCGCCGGCCCCGAUUCAGCCCACUUAGAUGCCCCAUCGGCUGCGCCGGUGAAACCUGUCGCGCAGCGGCUCGCGGAGUCCCAGAUACACCCUGCCGCGGGGGGCAAUGCGGCAGCGCACCGGGGGCGAGGUUCUCCUCGGCGUCGCCCCUCCUCGUCAUAUCGUUCGGCUCACCGCGGAGGUCGUGGUGGCUGGUGGGGAGGUCACGGUCACGGGCGCGGUGGACCAAGCGAGAUGCAGCAGCUGCGCGAGGAUUUCCCGGGGAUGCUCGCUGCGGCGAUGCGCAACGCUCUGAAUGGCGCACCGAAUCUUGGUAGCUCCUCGGCUCCCGCCGCUCCUGCGCCCGCGCCCGUUCCUGUGAAUGCAGUGACCGUGCUCCGCCUGCCUACGUUCGUCCUGUGUCCGCCUCGCAGUAUCCACCCCUGCCCUGGAUUCCCCCUCUUCCGGACACGGGAUUUGUGGGAGCGGGAGGCGGAGGGGCGAGGGGAUCCUUCGUUCCUCCGCGUCGUUUCGCUGAAGCUCCGUCCGUGCAGCCUCCGCCCCCUCUUCCCAUUCCGACUGCCGCGUUGA